ACAGCAUGUCACCUGACAUGACGAGGGCAUGGGGGUUGGACCUGGGGUUCUGGUGACAUGUAAGUGACUGUGUGUCACAGUGGAGAGUUAAGUUUAUCACAACCAGAGAGGCACCACUACGUACGUCUGGGAGCCCCCGGCCUCUUCCUUCCACUUCUACCUGGGUCAUCCUUCUGCUUUCGGGCUACUUUUACAGCUUUCCUGCUCCUACCAGUUGCCUUUCACCCCCGAGGGCUCUGUGGAAAGGAAACAUGCAGUCCUGCGCUAGGUGUGGGUUUGUGGUGUACCCAGCAGAGAAGAUCAACUGUAUUGAUCAGAACUGGCACAAAGCCUGCUUUCACUGCGAUGUCUGUAAGACCACGCUCACCGCAAAGAACUUUGUCAGCCACAAGAAGCGCCCGUACUGCUCUGUACACAAUCCAAGGAACAAUAACUUUACCAGCGUCUAUGAGACCCCCGUCAACAUCAACGCCAAGAAGCAAAGCACAGCCAGCAGUGAGCUGAAGUACCGCAAGGAGGGCGAGCGCUACAUGUCCACCUUCCACUAUGACAUGAGGUCCAUGGAGCUGGAGAAGGCUCGCCUAGCCAGUCAGUUGACGAGCCAGCAGGCCUACCAAGCUGAGUUUGCUGAGCAGCAGACCUGGUAUUCUGGCACGGUCACCAACCAGGAGAUGGUGACGAUGUCCCAGACCCAGAAGAGCAGCAGUGAUGUGAAGUACACUGAGGAAUAUGAAGAGUCUUCAGCAAAGGGCAGCUUCCCUGCCAUGAUCACCCCAGCAUACAAGCUCGCCCAAAAAGCCAGCGCCUUAGCUAGCAGUCUGGAGUACAAAAAAGGACAUGAGGAAAGAGUGUCACAGUAUACCAUAGUUGCUGACCCCCCGGAGGUCCUCCUGGCUAAGAGGCAGGCACAGAUUGUCAGUGAUUUUGCCUACACUGAGGAAUAUGAACAGCAGAGGGGUAAAGGCAGUUUCCCUGCCCAUCUCACCCCAGGGUACCAAGUGUCCAAGAAAGCCACUGAGAUGGCCAGUGAUGUCAAGUACCGGCAGUUGUACGAGCAGGAGGUCAAAGGUCAAGCCAGCACAGAGGCCGGAGCGGCCAAAGUGGCUUUCGCCAAGGAGAACGCCGAGAACUUCAGCAAGAUUUCCUACACUGAAGACUAUGAACAGCAAAGAGGAAAGGGUAGUUUCCCAGCUAUGAUCACUCCUGCCUACCAGCUAGCUAAGAAGGCCCAGGCUCAUGCCAGCGAUCUGAAAUACAAGAAGGACCUGAGGAAGAUGAAGGGCUCGUCCCAUUUCCACAGCCUGACCGCAGAGGACAACCUGGCGCUGAAGAACGCGCGCAAAAUCAACAAGAUCGUCAGCGAGGUUGAGUAUAAGAAGGAUCUUGAGAACGCCAAAGGCCACAGCAUCAACUACUGCGACACACCGCAGUUCAAGAGCACGAGCAAGAUGGCCAAGUACACCAGCGACAACAAGUACAAGGAGAAGUACACCAAUCACAUGAAGGGUCAUUAUGAAGGCUCCGGGAUGGACAAGAACACAAUGCACGCUAUGAAAGUCAGGAAGCUGGCCAGCAACAUUGCCUACAAGCAGGGCUACGAGCAGGAGAAGACGGAGCAGGGGGAAUACAACUACCCAGCCACCAUCACACCGGCCUACCAGAGCCAGCGUAAACUGGAUCCCCUCAAGGACAAGAACUACAGGCAGCACAUUGACCAGGUCAAGUACAGCUCGGUAACAGACACUCCAGACAUCGUCCAGGCCAGGAUCAAUGCUCAGCAGCUCAGCAACCUGAACUACAGAGCAGAUUAUGAGAAGACCAAGAACCAAUACACCUUAUCCCAGGACCUGCCCCAGAUCGUAAAAGCCAAGGCCAACGCUGAGCUGUGCAGUGAUAUCAAAUAUAAAGAAGACUGGGAGAAGACCAAGUCCAUAGCAUGUGACAUUGGUCUGGAGACCCUGAAUGUCAAAGCUGCCAAAGCUUCUCGGGACCUGGCCAGUGAUAUUAAAUACAAAGAGUCCUUUAGGAAGAACAAGGACAGGGCGAUAGGGGUCAACAUGAGUGACUCCAAGACCCUGCACUCUCUCCAGGUGGCCAAGAUGAGCAGUGAGAUUGCAUACAAGAAGGGCUCCAAAGAGAGCCAGUCUCAGUACAGCCUGCCCCUGGACAUGGUGAACCUGAGCCAUGCCAAGAAGGCCCAGGCCCUGGCCAGCGACCUGGAAUACAGGAAGAGGCUCCAUGACUACACCACUAUGCCUGACGACAUGAAGGUCCUGCAGGCCAAGAAAGCCUACGACAUGCAGAGUGAGAACCAGUACCGGUCUGACCUGAACUGGAUGAAAGGAGUGGGCUGGGAGGCAGACGGCUGUCUGGACAUCACCCAGGCCAAGAAGGCUGGAGACCUACUCAGUGAUCAAAAGUACCGUCAGAAGGUCGACAGGGUCAAAUUCACCCAGGUCGCAGACACGCCUUCCAUCAAACAUGCCAAGAAGAGCCAGGAGCUGCAGAGCAAGUCGGCGUACAAGGCAGAUACAGAGCAGACCAUGCACCAGUACACCAUGACUAAGGACGAGCCUGUCUUCAAGCAGGCCAAGGCCAACGCAGACUUGCUCAGUGCGAAAGUGUACAAGGGCCUCUGGGAGCAGCAGAGGGAGAAGGGCUUCGAGCUGCACAUGGACUCCCUGUCCAUCCUCACGGCCAAAGCCAAGACAGACCUCGCCAGUAGCGUCAAGUACAAGGAGAAGUACGAGAAGACCAAGGGGAAGAUGAUCGGGGUGAAGACGGUCACAGACGACUCCCAGAUGGCCCACUCUGCCCAGGCCACCAAGCUGCAGAGCGACCGCCGCUACAAGAAGGAGUACGAGGACAGCAAGGCCAAGUACAGUCACUCUCUGGACAUGUUGAACCUGUCUCACGCUAAGAAGGCCCAAGACCUGGCCACCGAGACAAACUACAGAACCUUCCUGCACAAGUACACCACCCUGCCCUCUGACAUGAGCGUGGCCUGGGCCAAGAAGGCCUAUGGACUGCAGAGUGAUAAAAAGUACCGGUCGGAUCUGAACUGGAUGAAGGGGGCUGGAUGGGAGGCCACUGGGUGUCUGGAUGUACAACAGGCCAAGAAGGCUGGAGACAUUGUCAGCGAGAAAAAGUACCGUCAGCAAGCGAGUGGGCUGAAGUUCACCAGCGUGGAGAAUACUCCAGAGAUGGUGCAGGCCAAGCUCAGCAACAAGCUGGCCCUAGAUAGGCUGUACAAGGAGAAGGGGGAGAACGUGAAACACAAGUACACACUCAGCGGAGACCUACCCGAGCACGUGCAGGCCAAGAUCAACGCCACGAACAUCAGCGAGUCUCGCUACAAGGAAUCCUGGACUAAAAUCAGAGAUGCGGGCUAUAAACUGCGCUUGGAUGCCAUAACCUUCCAGGCUGCCAAGUCGUCUGGGGAUAUACUCAGCAAUCAAAAGUACAAGGAGCAGUUUGAGAAGACCAAGGGGAAGUUGAUUGGACUAAAGGGAUUGGAGGAUGACCUUAACCUCUCCCACACUGUCAAUGCCAGCAAACUGCAGAGCGAUAUCAAGUACAAGCAGGACUCAGUGAAGAAGCACUCUCAGUUCCACCUGUCCAUGGACAUGCUGGAGGUGGCUCAUGCCAAGAAGGCCCAGUCCCUGGCCAGCGAGCAGGACUACAGACUCACACUGCACCAGUACACCUCCCUGCCCGACGACAUGAAAGUCCUGGAGGCCAAGAGAGCUUACCAGCUGCAGAGCGAGAAAGCAUAUCGUUCUGAUCUCAACUACCUCCGCGGUGCAGCCUGGAUUGGCACAGGCUCUCUGCAGAUCGAGGGCUCCAAAAGAGCCUCCGACCUCAUCAGUGACAAGAAAUACCGCCAGCAGCCCUACAAUUUCAAGCACACGUCGGUUGCGGACUCCCCAGAUAUGGUCCAUGCCAAAUUCAGCAACAAGCUCACCAAUGAGCGUCUGUACAAGGAGAAGGGGGUGAACGACAGACACAACUACACCAUCACCAUGCAGAGACCAGAGCUCACACAGGCCAAGAUCAACGCAGCGAACCUCAGUGAGGUGAAGUACAGAGAGUCUUGGCACACGCUGAGGGCACAGGGCUACAAGCUGACCAUGCAGGACAUCCCUUUCCAAGCUGCCAAGAGCUCCACAGGAAUCGCUAGUGAUUACCAGUACAAACACAACCACGUCCUGGACCUGGGCAAACACAUCGGAGCCCGCAGCAUCCUGGACGACCCUCGUCUCCUCCACUGCCUGCAGAUGGGCCGUCUGCAGAGCAACCAGGAGUACCGCAAGGACGCCUUGACCACCAGCGGCCAGUACCACCUGACCCAGGACAUGAUUCACCUUGUGACGGCCAAAAACGCCCAGGCCCUGGCCAGCGACCAGGACUACAAGACGACCCUCCAUGAGUACACGGUGCUGCCUGACGACAUGAAGGUCCAGUGGGCAAAGAAGGCCUACGACCUGCAGAGCGAGAAACUAUACAAGGCCGACCUGAACUUCAUGAAGGGUGUUGCUUGGGACGGCAUGGGAGCACCCCAGAUGGAGUCUGCUAAGAAAGCUGGAGCCCUCAUUAGUGAUAAGAAAUAUCGCCAGCUACCAGACAGGCUGAAGUUCACCUCUGUGGCAGAUUCACCUGAUAUGGUCCAUGCCAAAAACAGUUAUCAACAGUGCAGUGAGAGAUUGUACAAGUCUGCAAACACAGAUGCCACGAUGCACAAAUACACUUUACAUGCCGACGAUCCAGACUUUGUACGAGCCAAGAUCAAUGCCCAACAGAUAAGCAAUAAAGCCUACAGAACAUCUGGGGACCAGGUGCUGUCAGCCGGCUUUGACCUGAGGCUUGACGCCAUUCCCUUCCAGACCGCCAAGGCUUCCAGGGAGAUUGCCAGCGAUUUCCGCUACAAGGAGUCUUUCGCCAAGGAGAAGGGCCAGCAGGUGGGCCUGCUCAGUGUGGAGGACGACCCUAAGAUGGUGCACUCUCUGGCAGCCAGCAAGCUCCAGAGCAACCUGGAGUACAAGCGCCAGUCCAAGGAGGGGCGCUCCAACUACAAGAUGCAUGCCAACCAACCCGAGUUCCUGCAGGCUAAGAAGAGCCAGGCCCAGGCUAGCAACCUGUCCUACCGCCAGAAGCUCCACGACUACACCUGCGACUCCCAGCAGCUCAAUGUCCAGCAUGCCAAGCAAGCCUACAAGCUGCAGAGUGACGUGAACUACAAGUCCGACCUGAACUGGAUCAGGGGCGUGGGCUGGACCCCCCCUGGCUCCCACAAGGUGGAGAUGGCCCGGAGGGCGGCGGAGCUGGGCCUGGGGGAGGGUGUGACCGCAGACGAGGCCAUCGCCCAGUACCAGCACAUGAUGAUGCUCCAACACCAACAGCAGAUGAUGGAGGAGCAGUCUUCAGAGCAGGUGGAGACCGCCAAGCAGAUCCAGCAGGGGGUCAACCUCGACGCCAUGGAGAUCCUCCACGUGAAGAGGAAGAAGACCUCCCAGAUAGUGAAGAAGUCCACCACCACCUCCUCCUCUUCCUCCACCGUGGCGAGCACAGUCAGGAAGUCCGUGACGUCUUCGCACACCGCCUCGGCGAUGGAGAACGCCGUCAAGACGUCCGCAACAAGCGAAGUUAGCGCGAUCGAAAAUGUCAAGCGUUUGGGAGAACAUUAGAGCAAUUAUGAGAGAAUGUUGAGAACCCUUUUCAGCCCUGUUUGAGCUGGUAUCUGUGUGUUUACUGUGAAUCAUUUUACAUGAUUGAUAAUUACAUUUAUGGUCUCUUACAGUCCUCAUGGUACAGUGUUACAAAUAGUUUUUAGUGGCGCUUGUUGAACCCCAAAUGAACAAAAUCUGAUUAGAUAUUGUAUUUGACUAAUCUACUGUAAAACACCAUUGAAUGUGAAUUUCAAACAUAUAAGAUAAACUCAUAGAAAUAUCGGUUUUUAUUAGGUGAUUGGGGUGCAGAGUUGACAAUAAAAGGUAUAGAAAAGGUAUAUACUUUGAGGGAAUUAUGCAUGUAAAAACAAGAAGGCAUUUGGAAGUUUCUGGAAAGGUGUGUGGUGAGAUAUGGCAUAGAGAGAGGAUGGUAAGUGGUUGGUGCUUCAAUAAAGUGUGCUUUUUGUUUUGAGUAUCCAGAAGGGAAGGAGGACUGAACAAAACAUGUAUUUAAUCAUUCAUUUAUUUUAUAUAUAUAUAUAUUUCAUGAACAGACAGGUUUCAGUUUCAAGCAUCAUGAACAAGGUCUGGACAACGAUUGAUUCAUUGUUGAACCA